AGAACUCCUGAUCCAAUUAGUUCUUCUGACGGAGUGAUCCGUCAAGAAUACUCAGUGAUUCCUCCUAUACUUCCCAACCCGACCGAAAAGGACUGGGAAUUACCCAGAGAGAAUCUCGUGUUUGUGAAGGUGAUUGGCAGGGGAGCUUUUGGUAAAGUGGCUCGAGGAAUGGCUAAGGGAAUAAAUGACAACAAGGAAGACGUGGUUGUGGCUAUCAAAAUGUUGAAAGAAAAUGCCACCGACGAAAACAGACAGGAUCUCCUCGCUGAACUAAACAUGAUGAAGAAGCUUGAACCACAUCAAAAUGUUAUUCAGUUGCUGGGCUGUGUCACCAAAUCAGAUCCCGUUAUGGUUGUAACGGAGUAUGUGCCACAUGGAGAUCUCUUAGGUUUUCUGAGGAAGAGCCGUGGACUUUGCGACACAUAUUACAACGACACUGAAAUAAAACCCCAAAGCUCUCUUAGUUCUAACCAAUUAUUCAGCUUUGCUUGGGACAUUGCGAAUGGCAUGGAUUACUUGUCUUCGAUGAAGAUAGUUCAUCGCGAUCUUGCAGCACGUAAUGUACUAGUUGGUGAUAGAGAGACCUGCAAAAUAACGGAUUUUGGUUUGGCAAGGGAUGUUUUUAAAGAAGACCUCUACAGAAGAACAGCCACGGGUCGUCUCCCUGUAAAAUGGACUGCAUUUGAAUCUUUGUUAUAUGGAAAGUGUACAACGAUGAGCGACAUAUGGAGCUAUGGAAUCCUGAUGUACGAAAUCUUUACCAUAGGAGGUUCACCAUAUCCGAAUAUCGACGGAAAAUCUUUAGCCUCUUUACUUCAAGAAGGUUACAGAAUGCCCAAGCCUCCACAUUUGGAUGAACAAUUGUAUAAAGUCAUGAAAGCCUGUUGGAAUAAAAAACCCGAGGAGCGACCAUCAUUUGCAGAGCUGCGCAGGACCAUGGAAGACAUGGGCAAAGAGAAAGAGACCUACAUCAACCUUAAGGACUACGAUAGCAAACUUUACCAGAACGUUGAUGAUAUGGAAGCUUAGGCUUUGGUGCUUUUUUAAAAUUGCAUACACUGUAUAAAAAUAGGGCUCUUUGCUAAGUCAGUGAACACCUGAUAAUGUAGCCAUAUGGUGUUAAAUGAGAUUCUUUUAAUUAAGUACAGUACUGUGCCAGUGUGAUGCAAACGAUAAUCGCCGAUUAUCGCGAUCGUCGUGAUGCAUCGGUGAUAUAUGAGCGAUGUUUCAGUUGAAAAUAUCGCAGGGCUGUUGUUGUCCAGUACUGUUUUCAAGCCACAAAAUUAUGCACGUAAUAGAAUGUUAAAUACACGGCACACAUUUUCAUCAUUCAAAGUGAGUUCUAAAGGGCCCUCCAGAACGAACAAAGAUGUUUUCCUUCAAACAUGUAUUUUUUUUUGUCAUAAAAUACUGUAUAGGUUUACAAUUGUAAAGUUUCGUUAAAGCUAGCAUAGUUAAUAUGCCCUGAAUUCAGUUGGGACGUAUCAAAUCGAAAUGAAACCAAGGACAGAAUAGACAAAAUAUUAUUUAAUUUCAAAGUAUAUUUAAAUUGGAUAGUGUUUGGCAAGCAUUCUUAGAAGGCUUCUAUACACUUAAAGGUAGGAAUAGACGCCCUUAGAUUGAUGGCGUUAGUGAUGGAUGUGUUGCGGUUCAAUUUUAUCCAUGAUUCAAAUUUUAUUUUCCUUUGUUUCAAACUCAUUAUCAUACAUUACAAUACCCAAGAACAAAAGAAAAGAAAAUUUGAACCCAUCGUAUACAUUGAUUCAAUUAACAGGUGACAGUGGGUACAAAAAAUAUCUAGUGUAACUUUUGUAGUAAAAUUCAGAAAUACUAGCGUCUAUUUUAGUUUAAAAUGAAACUAAGAAGGCCUCGAAGCGAUUGAAUGUGGCUGGCCUUUUGACUCAGUUGUUAAGGGCGCUACACCGCUAACGUAGGUUGGUCAUAAUUUUCAGGUUUGGCAUAGGUGGGGUAUAGUAAAAGUGUAGUGGACUUACAUUCAAGAUACCAAGAUACCAUACCUUUGUUUCGUACUUUUUUUACCUAAACAAGUUAUAUCAUAUAGUUAAAUGUCAGAAAUUACAAAGAAAUUAACUCGAAAAA